UUAUAGCACAGAAUAUUCCUCCAAUUAGCCUUUCAGCAUCAGCAUAAUGUCUCUGAUCCGAGUGGUAGAAGCCACCAGAGAACACCGAAACAAAUAUAUCUGCAUGAAAGACCCACCUAACUUAAGCCUGAUUCUCAUUUCUCAACAGAGUUAUGCAAAGGAAUGCAUAAGGCCCUCUGGCUGUUUACAGCAGAAACAUUUGAACAGAAUCCUGAAACUGAACCCUUCACAAUUUUGAAUGUGGUUUUGAGCUUGCACAAGGUUGUUAUUUCUUGACAACAACCUAAUGAAGAAGAUUAGGGAGAGAAAAAGUCAUGCUGCUUCUCCCUCCCUACCUACUUCUGUCAGUUUGAUGAGGUCAUCAAACACCAACCUGCUUUGUAUAUUAAUGAUGUAACAGCCAGGGUUCUUUGGACACUCGGUCCCUAGACGCUGCUUGGCAGCCAGCAGAGAAAGACUUCAAGUUGAUUUAAGAGAGAUAACACCGUCAACACAACAGUGACAAAGACUGGAAAGGCAGAGCAAGAGGAGAUAGCGAGGAAGUAUCGACAGCGGCAAAGAGGAGAAGAGAUGAGAUGAAAGGAGCGAAGGCAGAGGAGGUGCUGGGCGAUAUGCUGCGCCUUUAAAACAGCAAGCCCCUCCUCCACAGAGCUGAGCCGAGGAGCAGAGUGGUGCUGGCAGGAGCCUGAGCUCCACGAUAAACUCUGGCAUCAGCUCCUCUUUAUCCGGCAGUCAGCGAGGACACAGUGAGGGCGCAGGGGCAAAGAGAGACAGAGACGGAGGGAGCAGGAGAGAGAGAGAACCCAGACAGACACACAAUAAGAAGCCAAAACACUGAGAGGGAGAGGGUGUCACAAGAAUAACGCACUGUUUUUCCCUCAGUGUGCAGCCUCGAGAUGCGGGUGAAUGCUGACUAGGAUGACGGGUGGCAGCGCUUUUAUAGCAGCGCGAUUGUCUGAGUGACGGCAGCGGCAACAUCACAAUCCGAAGUAGGAGUUCUCCUCAUUUCGCCGACUCUUAGUCAUCUUCUGCCUUCUUUCUCCUUUUCCAGAGUGCUAUCAAGGCCAUUCAUCGUUCCCAUCUCGUGCCCCCUGCCUCCUCCUCCUCCACAGCUCCAUCCUCCUCUUGUACUCCUCCUCUGAUGAGCCACAACCUAAGAGUGAAAUAACCCUGCCGAUAGAAGUCUCUCUCUGUCAAGACAGUGCCAUGUACAGUUGGCCAGCUCACCCCGUGGCAGUGGCAUCGCCCUGGAUUUGGAAAACAUCUCUGUCCCCCGUUUGUUCGCUGGGGUUCCAUCGGGAAGGUUUCAUAAGAUUUAUCCCGUGCUGCCGGAUGGCACAGAGAUCCCUGCCUCUCUGAAGAGAUUCAGUGGAGAAAACUAACUACAUGGAUAAGAAGUAAAAUAAUUAUCCAAUCACAGCACAAGCAGGCAGACUGGGUUCCCUUAGCAACAACUGAGGGAGACAAGAGAAUCCUUUUUUUCUCUUUCUGCUCCCUUGGUUUUGGGGCACACCCCUGUGGAGCGCCGUGGGUCAGUGUUUUGGAAGAGUAGUUGGAGAGCAAUGUUGCAUAAGAUCUGCCACCCGGAUUCCAGGGGACAUUGCUCAUUUGCUUUCUGGCCCCCCUGUUCAUAUAUUUCACUGGCACCAUGAUCGUUUGUAAUCCCUCCACAAAUUGUUAUAACAAGUCACGUUCUGCUGACUUAGAAAUCAAUUCAUCCUGAUCCCACAUCACCUGAAAUUAUCUCCGCAUUUAGGAAGGGAGGUAGAGAGAUUGGAUGCUGCAACCCAGUCCUUUACCUCAGAUCUUUCAUCGACAAAAACAUUUAAGGUUAGACCAUCAUCUCUGAAGAGAAUGGAUGUAAGGCAAAGUUCAUUUUGAUUUCUAAGAUGAAUUGUACUUUUUUCCGGGGGCAAGAGGAAUAGUCCCCUUUGUCCAAAUAGAAUCCACCGUUUACCUCUUUAUAGACAGCAGCCCUCACUGGGAGACUAUAUUUAGAAGGCAAAUCUUGUCCACUCCAGCUAGCAAGAGAAUAGAAAAAAGAUCAUUGUGAAAACUGAGCCACUUCCGGGAUUUUCUACUUUUCUAUUGAGGUUACUGUUUAUGAAACUUAUUGUUGAAAACGAUCGAAGUGAAUUUCUUCCCUGCUUUUACUUUUCUAUGUCAGUCUGCAUUGAUGUCACCAGGUUUCGCAGGUGAAAAGGAUUAUACCGGAAAGGAAAAGUCUUCAACUUGUAUAGAUGAGUGUUUUUAAAAUAGCAACUCCCUGGGAACAAUUUAAAAUAUAUACACUGACACAUAAGAUAAGUUGGUUCAAUGCGGUUAUGUAAGAGUUCCAUACCAGCUUCAGCCCAUGUGUUUUUCCCUCUCCUUGUUCAAUGGAUUUACUCCUUUCAACUUUUCCCAUGCUGACUUUCUCUUCAUUUGGGGAAGUGUCUGCCAGAAGGCAUGGAUGUCAGAGUGUGACCCUGUGCCAAGUGUGUGGGCGAGGCAAGGCAUUUCAGCUGCCCAGGUGCUUUUAAGAUGUUGAGGUCUCCCUGCCUGGCUGGGGCCCCUGUUCGGAUCAGUAGCACUGAGGCUCCUUGUAGCCAAAGACAUGGACCCCGACUCGGCUCCCCCAUGCCCUCAGCCUGUUGGCCACUGGCCCCACGUCGCUUUGUAAAGGAUGUCCCUCAGCAGAGCUCCGGCCCGGGACACCUCUGAGACCCCCAGCCCGAGAGAACGCAUCCGCAGCCACAUGAAGAUGGUGAUCGACCAGCUGGAAGGCAUUCUCAAAGAGCUUAAAGAUGUGGCCAAGGAACUCCGGGAGGUGGUGGGUCAAAUCGAUAAAUUAACGUCUGACUUUGACUUUGACCUGGAGCCAGAUGAUUGGACAGUGGCCACAGCCAGCAGCACAUCCAGCAGUGAGAGGGGCUUGGGAGAAGCCUUUAGGCUGGACUUUCUCAAUGCAGAUGUGCUUUCUGACAGCUGGGAGUUCUGCAGUUACCUAGAGGCUGCUGGUGCAGCUGCCCGCAGAUCUAGUGAACAACCGGGUGAUCUACGACAGGAGCUGGGCCAGGGAACUAUCCCAACCCAGACCCAAACCCCCACCCCACCCCCCAGCACUGCCUCGGUCUACUCCCAGAUGAAUGGCGGGCUUCCUAUCCCCAAUGGGCCACGCAUUAUCACUCCAGACUCCUCCAGCGAGGAGGCCAGCAGCUCCACGCACAGCCAAAAGACUUCCCGUACUUCUGGCACAAGGGAAAGAGUCCGUUUCAGUGACAAGAUUCUCUACCAUGCCUUGUGCUGCGACGAUGAUGAAGAGGAGGAGCAGGAGGAGUUACGGGAGGACAAGAGAGACUGUGCUACACCAGACACCGAUACAGACCCAGGCCUCCUAGGCAGCUUGGUCGCUCCAAAGCGUUCUUCCUCUGAGCACUCGCUCCUGCAUAACUGUCUGGACCCUUCCUACGGCUGCUCGCCAGCGAAGGCAAUGACAGGAGCUCACACGCUACCCAGGAAAGGUCUCUUAAAUCCCGGCUGCCGCAAAAAACUGUUACGAAAUAGCAGCACACAAACUGUCUCUGACAAGAGCACUCAAACUGUACUGCCCUAUAUUCCAACCAAACAGAAAGCAAAGGACCACUGAGGAAGCAAACAAAUCUCAUGAAGAGAACUGUGCAUUAUUUAAUAUUAAAUACAUAGCUCAUAGAUUAAUACACAAAUAAAUAAAUUACUAAAUAAAUAAAUGAUAUAUGGGAAAUUA